UAGACCUUGUACUCGGGUGAUGCGUGUAUUGUCCACGAAAAAACAUUAAGUUAUCGGGUGUUUUAGGGCUCGAAUACGAUCGUACGAAGCAAAAUGGUUUUUACACGAGUGUUUCAAAGUGUCGUGCGUUCGAGCAGCCUCGCAACGACCGACGCUAGAGCGCAGCUUCUGCGGCUUCCGCUGCGCCGGAAGUACACCUAUCGAAGUGGUGCGCUGAAACCCAUGCCGGACAUUACACCGUUCGGUUUGUUUGGUGUGAUUUGCACGGUCAUUCCGGGGCUGCUGAUUGGUGCUACCAUCAGCAAAAAUAUGGCCAAUUUUCUCGAAGAAAACGAUCUGUUUGUACCGUCGGACGAUGACGAUGAUGACGAUUGAGCGAAGCGGAACGAACCGGACAGCCAGUGCAAACAGCACCGACCAUCGGGCGGGAUCGAUAUUUUUAGAAUUGAACAAAUGUUUUCGCAUAAGAUAAUCCCCAACACUUUCCGCUUCUCGUCCGCUUUAAGGGUCUUAUCGACCGGAUCAUCUCCUGUUUGGGUGGUAUUUUUAACAUCGCAAAUAACAUGGCCCCUCGUUCGUGAAGACCUAUUGUUCUGAUCCCGUUAGCAGUCUUCGAUAAGUAGAAACUAAUCCAUUAGUAAUUGUUGUUGUUAUUGUUGUAAGGUAUCGAAGAUUUCUUUCGGCACACCAAGGUUCCAGCUCUGGGCCCCGAGCAGACAGCAGAAAGAUCGAUGCAAAACACGCUUUACGAUUUUCAUGUUAUUAUUGCGAUUUGUUACCAAUUCUAUACUGUCGCUUCGGCCGUUCAAUCUCUUCAGUAGAUUUUUAUUUGUACAUAAUUUUGCUAGUAAGUUUAUAGUUUUAUGAACAUUUUCUCCUGCGCUUUUCACCCUCACUCGCGUAGUGGUGUGGGGUGAUUUAAACGAACAUAACACCAGCGAACGUUUUCUGACGGUCCGAGUAGUUGUUGAGGCGAAUAAAUAAGUAUAUUCAAAACAGAAACGCAAAGCAAACUACUGUUCUUCGUUUUGGGCCACUGUUCCGAAGCAACCGACCGGUCAGCAACGUCCAAGUGUGCGUGUUUGACUAAGUCCACUAAACGGUACACCUUCGAAACGUUCCACUGAUUUAUUUACACUGUCUUUUGAGCUCCCAUCAACGCACACUCCGCAGCGCGAGAAUCUAGUCCCAUUCGGAAGGCGUUACGAAAAUACUACUUUUACUCCGGUGAGUGGAAGCGAGGAACCGAGGGUGUAAGGUAAAAUAGGGAAAUUAUAAACCUACGAAACAUGUACAACCUGUACAAAAACAAUACGCACGACGCACGAGCAUAAACACAGUGACUACCACAAACGGAUUUGGCGUUGUCCAUGAGUUGGGACGUUUUAAAGUUCAUCACGAUUUGUUAUGACGGAAAGCAAAGUAACCUGCUACGUUUUCCGUUUUACACGAUUCGCUCAUACACCAAUCAUGAAAUAAAAUAUGCAAUGAAGCAA